AUAUAUAUAUGUAGGAUCUCAAUUGUAACAAUCAUUAUUCCUGAACGCAAUUAGUAGCGUGCGACCAGGAGAGGGAGUGUAAAGAGAGAGAGGGGAGAUGGGAGCUAUGGCGGAUUGUGAACUGUUGCUAAAUGGUGAAAAAAAUAAAGAAAAGUGUUAUUAGUUAAAGUUGGUUUAAUUUUGGACUCCAUCCUACAAAUCUCGUCCGGGAUUACUCGAAUGAAGUGUGAUUAAAAGUGAAAUUACGACGACGACGAUUAACGAAGAAGACGAAAUAACCUCAAAGACGCGUGGCCCGGCGCGAGCGGCGGCGGAGCCGGUAACGAAGCCCACAACAGGAAGACGAUCACGAGCAAGAUUUAAGAUGACCGACGAGGAGACGACAAAACCCAUGAGCGCAUUCUUCAUGACCGAAGCUGUUCCAAAAUUUAGCGGCGAGGACCUGACCUACAGUUCGACGAAAUGGACACAAGACAUCGAGGACAAUGCAGAGAUAUUUAGCUGGACUGCACAACAGAAGUUGAUUAUUGCACGAAAAUCUCUGACGGGUACGGCGGAGCUGUGGUUGAAAACCGAAAAAGCCUUUAAAUCUUAUGAUGAUCUCAAAGCGGCACUAGUGAAAGAGUUUCCAGAUAGCAUCAACUCAAAAGAAAUGCACGAAACCAUGAGUACGCGGAGAAAGAAGCCAAGCGAAACCUGUUAUCAGUAUAUGCUAAUAAUGAAAGAACUUGGAAAAAGGGCUAAGUUUCCCGACUAUGUGUCCAUACAGUAUAUCAUUGAUGGUAUUCCAGAUAGCCAAGUCAACAAAAUGUGUUUAUACGGAGUGACUACGUAUACGGCUUUAAAAGACAAGCUGGCUAUUUAUGAAGCUAUGAAACUAAGGAUGAAACCUCGUCAAGAGUCUCGGAGUGAAGGUUUGCGCACUGAAAAUACAAAAAAUAAUCAACAGAGAUGCUUCAAGUGUGGUGAGCCGGGACAUUUGGCUAGUGGUUGUUCGAGUGGCAUUAAGUGCUUUCGGUGUAAUUCCUAUGGACAUAUUGGCGUUGAUUGCAAGGCCAGCAUCAGCGGAAGUAAAGAUGGCGGCCUAGCGACAGCAUCGACUCCGCGCAAUGUUGGCAAUACAGGCGGAAACGCACGCGUUCGGCGAUCGAUGUUUGCCGAAACGCAGUUCACAGAGGGCGCCGUACGUGAAAACGAAUGUAAAUGCCGCGCGGAACAAAACGCUCAAUGGAAUGAAACGUCACAGACUUGAACAAUUUGCACGUGAAGAUUCAGUGUUGUGAACGUGAGGAGACGACGUUGACGGGAUUAGGUGGUAAGGUGCAUGCAAUCGGUAAGUUUAAAUACAAUUUAGUAAUGGAUGGUCAUCAUUAUGAGUUUAUUUUUUUUGUUGUACCUACGGGUACCAUGCCUUAUGCAGUUAUUUUGGGUCAGCCUUUUAUCGCCAACACAGUGAUUAUAAUUGAUGGAGGUGCAAUUGCAGUGAGGCCACGGACAGGUGAUAUCAUAGACUGGUGGUGCUUAUUUUCGACAAAUGAUUCUGAGAGUCCUUUGGUCCAGGAACUGAGAGCAUCAUACCAACCAAAUAAAAUAAAAGAUGCCCCUAUUAAACUGAGAAUAGUGUUAAAAGAUGAUAUCCCAGUGGUGCAACGACCGCGGAGAUUAGCUCUGAAAGA